AUGUUUGAGGAACUUAAACUUCAUAGAUUUGUUGAAAAUGAAACAACAGAAUCCCCAUCUUCAGUUGAUAAAAUUGCAGCAGUUAUCUCCCGUCAAAAACAGGCUAUAAAUAGUCUCCAUGACAACAAAGAAAGUAACCAUGACAACCAAAAACCAGAAAUCACAGAACAAACCAAAGCAGAGAUUAAAGAAGAUUUGAUGCACCAAAAAGAAAAUUUAUCGCCUAAAGUACCUGGAUGUCUGGGAGAUUCUGAAGAGACUAUCAAGGAGUUUCUAGGUCGAAGUGAUACAGCCAUUAUUUACCCUGAACCAGUCAGUGACCAGGAUGAUGAGAAUAAAGAAACAGAUUCAGUAACAGAAGACUAUGAGCUAAAAUGCAUCUACUGUACAGAAUCCUUCACCAAACCAACCCUACUUCAAGAACAUUUCCAAACUAAGCAUCCCGAGGAACCAAUCAAAUUCCAAUGUCCAAAAUGUAAUGAAGCAUUUCCAGCCAAAUCAGUCCUUGAUAAACAUUUGUUACUCCAUUCUCCUACGUCUCAAAUGUGUAAAACCUGCAACAAAACUUUCGCCAAUGUUUAUCGCCUGCAACGUCACAUGAUCAGCCAUGAUGAGAGUAACGAUUUACGUAAAUUUAAAUGUCCAGAAUGCUCCAAAGCAUUUAAGUUCAAACAUCAUCUUAAAGAGCAUAUCCGUAUUCACAGUGGAGAGAAGCCUUUCGAAUGUCCAAACUGUGCUAAACGAUUCAGCCACUCUGGAUCAUACAGCAGUCACAUGACCUCUAAGAAAUGUUGGGCCAUCAACAUGAAGGGACGUCGUGUAGACAGAAAUGGUAACAAUGAGAAUAGUAUGUACUACAGAUCACCAACUACCAUGAAUAACUCAAUUCCGAUCACUCAACCCCCAAAUUUCACCCAGAUUAUGAAGUAUGAUCCUCGUUCAGCAUUACCUGCCUACUACUCGCCUCCCAUGACCACCAGAAUUCCAACAGCUCAUAUCCCAACCACUUCUAUCAUGACAUAUGGUCUCUACUCCCAUAAUCCAUACUCUACCUCUGUAUUAGCUAAAGCUUUGAGUGCUCCUCCAAGAAACAUGUCACCUAGUUCCAGAAUGUCUCAGAUCUCUCCUGAUGUUAAUUGCAACACCAAGCUUCAGGAUAUCAAAGAGGAAAAGAAAUCAGAUGAGGAUGCUGAGGUCAAGGUCAAAGAUGAUGCCGAUGAUGCUUCUCGUGGUGCUGAAGCCAAUUCUCCACAUGAGUCAUCCAAAUGUGCCAAAAUGGCUGAAACACAAAUUAUUGGAGAAGAUGGAAAGCCAUUGACCAUUGCUGAUUUGACCUGCCGAUUCUGUCACACUUGCUUCAAAAGUCCAGUUGAGUUGCAUCAACACGAGCGUUAUCUAUGCAAAUCAAAUAAGGAUAUCACUUUACGCAUCUCUACAUCAGAAGGACCAAGACAUUCUCCCAACAGCAUUACAUCAGAGCAUAGUUUCAGAGCAACAUCCAAUGGAAGUUUUGUAGAAACAGGAAGUGAAGAUGAUAAUGAGGCUGAUGAUGAUGAUCACCAUGGUAGCGAAACCAAGAAAUAUAGAAUGAGAUCCUUGAUCAGUGAUGAACAAUUAGCAAUCUUAAAAGGUUAUUAUCAAAUCAACCCUAGACCUGGAAAGGUGGAAUUAGUCAAAAUAGCUAAUGAAAUUGGAUUCUCAAAGCGUGUUGCUCAAGUUUGGUUCCAGAAUAUGCGUGCAAGAGAUCGUCGCCGAGGAAAAGAUGUUCCAUACUUCCCCAACAUGGCUCGUUUCAAACAUACUGAAGAUGUACCAACCACAACCUCUACAUCUUUAGGCUACAUCCCUGUGGUGCCUCAACCAUUUGCAAAUUUCUCUCCAAGUGUCACCAGUACCCCUGUCUCAAAGCUCAACUACUCCAUCUCAAAACCCAUCACCACUAUUGCAGAAUCAAAGAGUCAAGAUGAACCUUUAGAUCUCAGUAUCAAAAAAUGUCCACCAGCUGCUCACAGUGGAAGUUCUUCACCUGCUUUAUCUAACAAACAAUUUGAUGACCAAGUUCUCAAUUUAAGCUGCAAGACGGCCAUCAAGGAAGAACCAUCUAAGAUAGAAGGAAGCAUUCAAGGAUCAGCUAUAUUCAAGUACAUGCAACAAGAAGGACUAUUCCGUCACCAACCAACUCCACUUGAUAUUUCAAGAUCAUGGCUUUCGCAUUCCAGUUCCUCGCUCAACUCCACUAAAUCAUCAUCCCCAUCUUCUCACUCCAGAACCAGUAGUCCAUCUCAUCAAAUCAGAUCACCACAUUCAAGAACCAGUAGCCCUCCUCAAACAAUCAAAACUGAGGCUUUAGAUUCUUCUGGAAACCAACCUGAUGAAGAUGACCGCUUGGUAAUUGAUGAAACAAGAUCUGACCACAAGGAAAUGGAGGAUCACCUUAACAACCGAAUCCAUUACGAUUCUAUUGAAGGACGCCAGAACCUUGAUACCUUGGCAACAGUUUCCUUGGCAGCUAUGGGAGGUGAAUAUGGUGAUGAAGCUAAUAAGAACAAACGACAACGCAAGAAGUCAUGGAGACAGCAGGUUGAAGCUGAAGAGAUUGCAACUGAAAUGGACGACUCAUUAAGCCAAGAUGACGAUGAACCAAUGAAAAAGAAGCGAAAAUCCUGGAAGAAUCAUCGAGUUGAUCUUGAAGUUGGGAUGUAUGCUUGUGACCAGUGUGAUAAAUUAUUCAGUAAACAAAGUUCUCUUGCUCGCCAUAAAUAUGAACAUUCUGGUGCACGACCCUUCACAUGUGACGUCUGUCCAAAAUCCUUCAAACAUAAACAUCAUCUAACAGAACAUAAACGCCUCCACAGUGGUGAGAAACCAUUCAGAUGUAAGAAAUGUAACAAAAGAUUCAGCCACUCUGGAUCCUACAGUCAACAUAUGAACCAUAGAUACAAAUAUUGUAAACCAACAGAUAGUGAUCUGGACUAA